AUGGCAGCCGUAGCGGCCCGCUCCCCCUCGCCACCGGCAUUGCUGAUCUCCGUCGUCGUCCUCCUCCUUCUUUCGACUGCCGAUCUCGCUUUCUCCUUGGUCGCACCGUCGAGCUCGCCCUCGCCGGUUGCCGGAGGGCCCGUCCAGUCGCCUCCCGCACCCUCGCCGGAUUCUAUUCCGUCUCUCUCGCCGUCCCCCGAGAACCCACUCCCCCCUCUGGCGCCGCCAUCGGAGGUGUCCUCGCCUGCCCCUACCCCUACCCCGUCCGCGACGCCGCGCCCAGCGCCGGUGCCGAGCAACGAGGAGAUCCGAUCCGGGGAGGAUGCCGACCAAGCUGGCGAGGACGUAGGAGGGGGAGGGAUGAGCGGGGGAAAGAAGGCGGGGAUCGCGGUGGGUGUGAUAAUGGCGGCAGCGGUGCUGGCGGCGGGGGUGGUGCUGUGCAAGAAGCGGCAGGAGAACACCCGGCGGUCCAGGUACGGUUAUGCAACCCAAAGGGACAUGCUUUGA